GGGAAUAACAUUGACUCCAGAGUCCAGAUCAUGGCACGCCAUCGUCCUCGGCCUCGCUUCUAAAAUUUCUAAAAUUUCUGAACCCUAACCUUCCCAUCCUCGCCGUCAUCCUCUCGUCCUCCAUUGCUGCUAGUGAAGUGAUUAAUUUGAUCCGCUAGUGAAGUGGUUAAUUUCCUCCUCCUAACCGAUAAUGCAUGUCCAGCUAAUUUAGGUUCAACGCUUUAAUUUAUGAGUUCAGAUCCUCUCCAACGCCUUCUGCCAGCCUCGCUCCUUAUGUGACCUCGCUCGUUGGUGCAAUAGUUUUGCUGGGUUUCGUAUCUACAUAAUGGUCGAACAUUACAAUAAGCUGGUUAAACUAGCAGCAAGGGCCUUCUACGAUGAUCUGACGAGCAAAGGAGAUAAUCAGCCUAAAACGGGUAGGAGUGAUAACAGAGGCAUUGCUGUGGUGGUGCUCGAUGCACUCACAAGACGACAAUGGGUUAGAGAAGAAGACUUGGCAAAAGACCUUAAAUUGCACACAAAACAACUUCGUCGUACUCUGCGGUUUUUUGAAGAAGAGAAGUUCAUUACCCGGGAUCAUAGGAGAGAGACUGCAAAAGGUGCAAAAAUGUAUAGUGCUGCUGUAGCUGCUACAACUGAUGGUUCACUGGCACCCAAAGAGGGAGAAGAAAAGGUCAAGCUGCAUACGCACUCUUACUGUUGUCUGGAUUAUGCACAGAUAUAUGAUGUGGUUAGGUACAGAUUGCAUCGCAUGAAGAAGAAGUUGAAAGAUGAAUUGGAGAACAAGAACACAAUUCAGGAAUAUCUAUGCCCCAACUGUGGCAAAAGAUAUAAUGCCUUGGAUGCUCUACGCUUGAUAUCUUUUGAAGAUGAAGACUUCCAUUGUGAAAGUUGUAAUGGAAAGCUUGAGGUAGAAAGUGACAAGUUAGCUGCUCAAGAAGGGGGAGAUGCAGAUGACAAUGCAAGAAGACGCCGCCGUGAGAAGUUGAAGGACAUGCUUCAAAAUAUGGAGGUACAGCUCAAGCCUUUGAUGGACCAACUUAGCCGUGUAAAAGACUUGCCUGUUCCAGAAUUUGGCAGUCUUCUAGCAUGGGAGGCUCGAGCUAGAUCUUCUGGUCUUGCAGCCAAUGGAGACAGCAGUAUUGGCGAUUCUAAAAUUUCUCACGGUCUUGGAUAUGGUGGGACGCCAAUGCCUUACAGUGGAGAUACUAAGGUUGUAGUUGACUUUAAUGGAGCGGAAGGCAAAGGAGAGGAUAUUAAGUCUGUAACUGAAAGUACAUCUCUAAAGGUUUUGCCACCGUGGAUGAUAAAGCAAGGGAUGAGUCUUACAAAAGAACAGCGUGGAGAAGUGAAGCAGGAGAUGAAGAUGGAUGGGGCUUCAACUUCCACUGCGACACAGUAUUCAGAUGACAAAAAGUCAACAGUUGAACAGGAUGAUAAAAAAAGCUUACAGGAUGAAUACAUUAAGGCUUAUUAUGCAGCAUUACUCAAAAAACAACAAGAAUUGGAAGAGGCUGCAAAAGCACAAGAACAGUCAUCAAAUGCAUCUGCGCUUGAGGAUCCUUUUAGUGGUUCUUCGCAUCGUCAGGUUGGCAUGAAAUCAAAACGUGAGGACGAUGAUGGUACUGAAUGGGAGGAGGCUCCAAUUUCAGGCAAUGCAAAUGAGAAUUACAAGGUCAAUGACUUGAAUGUUGAAGCUGAGGUGGCAGCGGAUGACGAAGAGGAUGACGAUGUUGACUGGGAGGAAGGUUGAUGAAAGUAUUAUGGUUAGCCUGAAAUCACUUUUGGUCCUCCAAUGAUUUUGUAAAAUCAUGGCUUACUCUUCAAGAUUUGAUCAAUGAAAUGCUGAUGCUUUCUUGGUGUGCAUUGCCUUGAA